CGAAGCCGCGAGAUCUGAGAUGGCCGCGAUGGCGUCCGCGUCCGGCGUCAACGCCUUCCUCGGGUUCAAGCCCGCUCGGCUGAACGCCGGUCGCGCGCGCGCGAGACCCUCCUCCGUCGCGCGCCGCGCCGCCCGGGGGCCCAUCGUCGCAGUCGCCGUCCCCUCGGGAAAGAAGACGAAGGAGGGACCCAAGCGAAGCAAGGUUGAGAUCAUCAAAGAGAACUCCGACUUCCUUCGCCACCCGCUCAUCGCGGAGCUCGCGACGGAGGCGAGCUCCAUCAGCGAAGACGCCGCGCAGCUGUACAAGUUCCACGGCGGGUACCAGCAGGACGACCGCGAGAAGCGAUCGUUCGGCGCGGGGAAGUUUUACCAGUUCAUGAUGCGCACGAAACAACCAGCGGGGACGGUGCCGAACAAACUGUACCUCGUCAUGGACGACCUCGCGAACACGCACGGCAACGGCACGCUGCGCCUCACCACGCGGCAGACGUACCAGCUGCACGGCAUCCUGAAGACGGACCUCAAGGCGACGUUCCAGGCGGUGAUUCGAAACAUGGGCAGCACGCUCGGCGCGUGCGGGGACAUCAACCGGAAUGUGAUGGCGAGCCCGGCGCCGUACGCCGCCGCCGCGCGACCGGAAUACGCCAUAGCGCAGGAGCUCGCGAAAGAUCUCGGGGAUCUCCUCGCGCCGCAGAGCGGGGCGUACUACGACGUGUGGCUCGACGGCGAGCAGUUGCUCACCGUGGAGAAGCCGGAGGUUGUGGAGUGCAGAAACGAUAAUCGGUUCGGAACCAACUUUGAGGGGUCGCCCGAGCCCAUCUACGGCACGCAGUUCCUCCCGCGCAAGUUCAAGAUCGGCGUGACCGUCCCCGGGGACAACCACAUCGACUUUCUCACGAACGACAUCGGGAUCUGCGUCGUCAUGAAGGACGGGAAGCACGUCGGGUACAACGUCUACGCCGGCGGCGGGAUGGGCCGCUCGCAUCGAAACAACGACACGUUCCCGCGCAUGGCGUCCCCGAUCGGGUACGUGGACAAGGCGGACAUCUUCUACGCGGUGAAGGCGAUCGCGUGCACGCAGCGAGACUACGGCCGGCGCGACGACCGCAAGCAGUCGCGCCUGAAGUACCUCAUCCACUCAUGGGGCGUCGAAAAGUUCAAGUCCGUCACGGAACAGUACAUGGGGAAACAGUUCGAACCCCUCGCGGACCUCCCCGAGUUCACGGUGCCGACGUACCACGGCUGGAACGACCAGGGCGACGGCAAGAUGUGGUACGGCGUGCACGUCGUCAACGGCCGCCUGCGAGGCGACGCGAAGAAGGCGCUCAGGGCGGUCAUCGAACGCUACGAACUCCCCGUGCGCCUCACCGCGCAGCAAGACCUUCUGCUCACCGACAUCGACCCGGCGUGGAAAGCGGACAUCACGACGACGCUCGCCGCCGCCGGCGUCGUCGACGCGAGCGAGAUCGAUCCCAUCGACAAGCUGUCCAUGGCGUGCCCGGCGCUGCCUCUGUGCGGCCUCGCCAUCACGGAAGCCGAGCGCGGCCUUCCGGACGUCAACAAGCGCCUGCGCGAGACGAUGACCAAGGUGGGUUUGCCCAAGGAGGAGGCGUUCAUCGUGAGGAUGACCGGGUGCCCGAACGGGUGCGCGCGGCCGUACAUGGCCGAGCUCGGGUUCGUCGGCGACGGCCCGGGGUCGUAUCAGAUUUGGUUGGGCGGCGAGUCCAACUUGCUCACGCUCGCGCGUCCGUUCGCGGACAAGGUCAAGGAGACGAACCUUGAGACGUUCUUCGAGCCUAUCUUCGCGGAGUUUAAGAAGACGAAAACCAGCGGCGAGACGCUCGGGGCGUGGGCGAACCGCGUCGGGUUCGACGCGAUCAGGAAGGCGCAGGAGACGUACGAGGCCGCCGCGGCGCCCGUCGCCGCGGCGCCCGUCGCCGCGGCGCCCGCGCCGGCGGCGCCCGCACCCGCGCCGGUCGCCGCGACGGGGCGCCUCCCCCGCGUCAUGGUCGAGCGCGACGCGUUCGAAGCGCUUCAGGCGUACGCGGAGAAGCACAACACCACGCUCACGGAGGCGGCGACCGCGGCGAUCCUUCGCAUGACGAAGGGCAUGUGACUCAAGAAAAAUAAAGUGUACGGUGUAGUUCCUUAGCAGUGAUUCAUUCUUUUCAUCGCGACGUGUUCGAUUAAAUU